AGGUUGUGGAUCGUAUCUCUGCUUGCAUCGCCCUCAAAGCCUCCCCUCGGAUUCAAACCGGAGUGCAGGAAGAAUCGAGCAGAGGCGCUCCGUCUCAUCUCGAGAUCUCUGUGAUCCCUCCCACGAGAUCCUUUCCCGGUAUUUCUUUCAGGAACGGAGGUCAGUAGUUCCAGAAUGUCUCUUCCAUUGAGAGAUUUCUAUAUCCCAGAUUACAUACUGGUACCGGACUCAGGAAAAGAGGAUGUCUCAGAAGAGCCCACUUGCCCUGUGAUUGUUUUUGUCAAUUCGAGAAGUGGUGGCCAGCUUGGAGGUGAUCUAAUUAAAACAUACCGUGAGCUUCUCAAUAGAGUUCAGGUUUUUGAUCUGGGAGAGGAGGUUCCUGAAAAGGUGCUUCAAAGACUUUAUGCUAACUUUGAAAAGCUCAAGGCUGAGGGUGAUAAACUUGCUGAGCAUAUUGAGAGGACAUUGAGAGUAAUAGUUGCAGGUGGUGAUGGUACAGCUGGUUGGCUUCUUGGUGUGGUUUGUGAUCUUAAACUUGCUCAGCCACCUCCAAUUGCUACCGUGCCUUUGGGAACAGGAAACAACCUUCCCUUUUCAUUUGGUUGGGGGAAGAAGAAUCCUGGUACUGAUCAUCAGUCAGUGAAGUUUUUCCUUGAUGAAGUGAAGAAAGCAAAAGAGAUGAAAAUUGAUAGCUGGCAUAUUGUCAUGAGGAUGAGGACUCCCAAGGAAGGUACCUGUGAUCCAAUUGCUCCACUCGAGUUACCUCAUUCUCUACAUGCAUUUCAACGUGUAUCAAGUUUAGACUCACUUAAUGUGGAAGGUUAUCACACAUUUCGUGGUGGUUUCUGGAACUACUUCAGUAUGGGAAUGGAUGCCCAAAUAUCAUAUGCGUUUCAUUCCGAGCGGAAGCUGCAUCCAGAAAAGUUCAAGAACCAGAUAAUCAAUCAGACUACCUAUGCGAGACUUGGGGCUACGCAAGGGUGGUUUCUUGCUUCUCUUUUUCAUCCUUCUUCAAGGAAUAUAGCACAGCUUGCAAAUGUGAAGAUCAUGAAAAGACCAGGCCACUGGGAAAAUCUCCAUAUUCCUCACAGUAUUAGAUCAAUUGUUUGUCUCAACUUACCUAGCUUUUCUGGGGGACUUAAUCCAUGGGGGACUCCAAAUCAGAAGAAAGCAACAGAAAGGGAUCUUACUCGACCAUAUGUUGAUGAUGGGCUUCUUGAGGUUGUGGGUUUCCGGGAUGCAUGGCAUGGCCUCGUCUUGCUUGCUCCGAACGGGCAUGGUACCCGUCUUGCACAGGCACACAGAAUUCGCUUUGAGUUCCACAAGGGUGCAGCAGAUCAUACAUUCAUGAGAAUUGAUGGGGAGCCAUGGAAGCAGCCUUUACCUGUGGAUGAUGACACAGUUGUGGUUGAAAUCUCUCAUCUCGGGCAGGUCAACAUGCUAGCAACCAGAGACUGCAUUUCCAAAAGUAUCAAUGACCCUUCGACACCUUCAGCAGCGAGCCAUCAUGGGGAUGAGGAUAGUGGGGAUUCUGAGGAUGAGUGGGAAGGAGGGAGGAAAAAGUUUGGUGCAGCAGAGACAUUCAAGCUUCCGGAGGACAUAGAUAUUGCUCAUCUUAGUUAAGAUUUAUCUGUGCCUGCUGCUUUGCAACCAAGGUCUCCAACACCGGUGCCAUAUUAGUUUCAGUAUCCUGUCAAGCUUAGUAUUUGGUGAUAUUCCGAGCUAUAUUAUUUGGUGUCACUAAAUAAAUAAAUAAAUAAAUAAUAAUAAAAAAUGUGUACCGGUACUGAAUUAUAUGUUUCGGUAUCAGCCCUACCGAUAUGUAAAACCUUGUUCGUAAUAUUUGAGCCAUAUGUGUAAAUUGGACCAAUCUUUGUUGGUGAAUCGAUUGAUUUAUUUUAAUGAGCUUAUACA